AUGAGCAGCAAGGAGUUGUCGGUGGGCCUGUCCAGCCAGUACGUGGGGCCCUACCGGCUGGAGAAGACCCUCGGGAAGGGCCAGACAGGACUGGUGAAGUUGGGCGUCCACUGUAUCACGGGACAGAAAGUGGCCAUAAAGAUUGUGAACAGGGAGAAACUCUCUGAAUCGGUUCUCAUGAAGGUGGAGAGAGAAAUAGCUAUUCUUAAACUAAUAGAGCAUCCUCACGUUCUGAAGCUGCACGAUGUCUAUGAGAAUAACAAAUACCUGUACCUGGUGCUGGAACAUGUGUCCGGAGGAGAGUUAUUCGACUACCUGGUGAAGAAGGGACGGUUGACGCCCAAGGAGGCCAGAAAGUUCUUCAGACAAAUCAUCUCCGCCCUCGACUUCUGCCAUAACCACUCCAUAUGCCACAGAGACCUGAAGCCAGAGAAUCUUCUCCUGGAUGAGAAGAACAACAUCAGGAUCGCAGACUUCGGCAUGGCGUCGCUACAAGUCGGGGACAGUCUGCUGGAAACCAGCUGCGGGUCCCCACAUUACGCCUGUCCAGAGGUCAUACGGGGGGAGAAGUACGACGGUCGCAGGGCCGAUGUUUGGAGCUGUGGAGUCAUCCUCUUUGCUCUUCUUGUGGGUGCUUUGCCCUUUGACCACGACAACCUGCGGCAGCUUCUGGAGAAGGUGAAGAGCGGCGUGUUCCACAUGCCCCACUUCAUACCUCCGGACUGCCAGGCGCUACUCAAGGGAAUGAUAGAAGUCAACCCGGACAAGAGACUCACGCUCGAAGCAAUACAGAAACACGCCUGGUACCAGAGCGGCCGUAACGAGCCGUGUCCGGAGCAGCCGGCGCCGCGCCGCGUGUGCGUGAAGAGGAUCCUGUCGCUCACGGACCUGGACCCCGACGUGCUGGAGAGCAUGUACUCGCUGGGCUGCUUCAGAGACCGGGUCAAACUCACACAGGACCUUACAAGUGAGGAGGAGAAUCAGGAGAAGAUGAUCUACUACCUCCUGUUCGACAGGAAGGAGCGAUACCCCAGCUGUGAGGACGAGGACCUUCCGCCCAGAAACGACCUCGACCCCCCCAGGAAGCGCGUGGACUCGCCCAUGUUGACACGUCACGGACGCUUUCGUCCCGAGAGGAAGAGCCUGGAAGUCCUCAGUGUCACGGAACAGGGGUCUCCCACCCCACCUCGCAGGGCUUUGGACACGAGCGCACACAGCCAGAGGUCUCGUUCAGUUAGCGGAGCGUCCACUGGUCUGUCCUCCAGUCCCCUCAGCAGCCCCCGGAGUCCGGUCUUCACUUUCAGCCAAUCAGAAGUCACCUCCACUUCCGCUCCCAACUCCAAAGACCCCAAACCAGGAAGUGCGGCCACCAGCGCCCGGCCCACCCGCCCGCCGCCGGACACUAAAACCAUGACCCUGCCCUCAAAGGGCCCGACUGAACGGACCCAGCUUCACUCCAUGAAGUCCCUCCCUCUUCAGACUCCACGCUCCCCCUCCCCCUCUCCGUCCCCCCUCCUGUCCCCCAUCCCACGCUUCUUCAACUUCCCCUCGCCAUCUGUCUUCAAGUCCAAGAACUCCCAGUCGUCCUCUAACCCCUGUGCCACCCCUCCCCCUGUUUCACAGGUCACGCCUCAGGGCUCGCCACUGCCCACCCCGCUGGGCACGCCCGUGCACCAAAUCCAACACCCUUCCUCCACCACCCCUCCCUCCUCCUCCUCCUCGUCUUCUUCUUCCAGAGCCGACGGAGGCGGCGGGGGGGCCUCGCUGUCGCUGACCCCGCCCUCCAGUCCGGGCGGCAGCGGCGGGAUGGCCGCCUCGAGCUCCGCCCACUGGAGAACGAGGCUCAACUCGUUCAAGAACAACCUGCUGGGCUCGCCGCGCUUCCAUCGGCGCAAGAUGCAAGUCCCUACAUCCGAGGACAUGUCCAGUUUGACUCCAGAGUCCAGUCCAGAACUGGCCAAGAGGUCGUGGUUCGGUAACUUCAUCAGCCUGGAGAAGGAGGAGCAGAUCUUUGUGAUGAUCAGAGACAAGCCGCUCAGCUCCAUCAAGGCUGACAUCGUCCACGCCUUCCUCUCGAUCCCGUCCCUCAGCCACAGCGUGGUGUCUCAGAACAGUUUCCGGGCAGAAUACAAGUCCUCGGGCGGCCCUGUCUUCCAGAAGCCUGUCAAGUUCCAAGUGGACAUUGCUUUCUCAGAAGGAGAGAGGGAGCGAGAGAAGGAACGAGCAGAGAAGGAAGGAAGGAGACAGAUGGGAAUCUACAGCGUCACCUUCACGCUAAUUACAGGUCCCAGUCGCAGAUUCAAAAGAGUUGUGGAAACCAUUCAGGCUCAGCUGCUGAGUACUCACGAUCAGCCUUCUGUGCAGGCACUGGCUGAUGAGAAGAACGGUCAGCUGACCCGCCAGCCAAGCACCCCCUCGCGUCAAAACUCUCGGCGUUCUGAGAGUGGAUCAGACCGGGAGCGGGGGGGGGAGCGGGGGGAGCGCCCGGCGGCGGACGGAGGAACAGGAAGUGCGAGCAACAGUAGCACCGUUUUACAAAGGCGAGGGUCAGGGAAAGACAAGACCAGACUCCUCUCGUCGUCCAAUGGGACACAGUCUCAUCCCUGA